AUAAUCAAACUCUGCGUUUUUUUCAUUCUAUUUUACUUUCAAACAGAGUUUUUGUUCUCCUGGAUAUUAACAUGGCAGCUUAUACGGUGUUGGAGGGUAGCCAUGUUUUGGAUCCUUCCAGUUCCAGCCAGCCUCUCUGUCCGGGGUCCGGCAUUGUCUCUACGAUUGAGAAUGUGGUGUCGGUUGUUAACCUGGGUUGCAAGCUCGACCUCAAAGCCAUUGCCCUUCUUGCUCCAAACGCUGAAUACAACCCCCAAAAGUUUGCUGCGGUGAUGAUCAGGAUAAAGGAAACCAAAACCACUGCACUUAUAUUUUCCUCUGGGAAGAUGGUUUGCACCGGAGCCAAAACCGAGCAACAAUCACGCUUGGCUGCCCGUAAGCAUGCUCGGAUCAUUCAAAAGCUUGGUUUUGAUGUUAAGUUCAAGGAUUUCAAGAUUCAUAACAUUGUUGCCGCUUAUGAUUUUAGGUUCCCUAUUAAUCUGAUACGACUUGCGAAUUCUCACUUCAAGUUUUCAGUAUACGAGCCAGAGUUGUUCCCAGGAUUGAUCUAUCGUAUGAAACAAUCCAAAAUCAUGAUUAUGGUUUUUUCUUCGGGGAAAAUUGCUAUCGCUGGAGCUCAAAAGAGAGAUGAAAUUCUUAAAGCCUUUGAGAACAUAUAUCCAAUUCUUAUGUCUUUCAGGACAGACAAGUAAAGGACUUCCUCAAGACCCGACAGAGUUUUUGGUGAACAAGAAACAGAGGAUAAAUUGAGUUUUUUUUACCAUUACUUGUGAGGGUCUACAAGCAAAAGACUCUAUGUAGACCAUAUUUUCUGUUAUCUAAACUUUAAUUCUUG